GCAGCUUAUCAUACGCCAGUUGUCGGAUAAGGCCAAUGUAAACCAAGGCGGCAAUCGUAUAGAGACCUUGACGUAGACGCAAUUUAUGUACGAGGAACAGAUUAGAGACUUACAAUCUAUGGUGCAGGAAUUUAUGAUGGUCACAAAAUAUAUUGGCAAAAACAUAGCAAGUGCAUAUGCCAAGUUGGAAAAAUUGACAAUGCUGGCCAAAAAGAAGAGUCUUUUUGAUGAUCGACCGCAAGAGAUUCAAGAAUUGACUUACAUCAUGGUGUAUGCGUUACAAUCUAAAUUAGCCAGCAUGGGCACCGACUUCAAACAGUUGUAUACUGUCGUACUGUUGUAUUUCAGAAACUUUAAACGGCUAAAGCUAUAUAACUAUAAGGAAUUCGCAAGCUAACAUAAAAGUUUUAUU